AUGUCUUUCUUUUCGGACCCCCGUCGUGGCGGCAGGCAUGAUGCCGAGCCGGAACCCUUCCCAGUGCCGCGCACUCAGGCUACGGAUCUGCCUAAAGAGUCUCCUGCGACCCUUCUGAAUGUCUCGAAGCUCAAGCCGGAGUCUAGUCUUACGGUCUGGGGCAAUGAGGUCCUUCACAUCUUGCGGCCGUUCAAACUCGAUGAAAUUGUGGAUGUUAAUCUUCCGCGACCUCACCCAGCAGAUGUCAACUACAACAGAUGGAAGUUCUGGACUGUCGUUGUUGCUGGCUGGCUGUUUAACCAGGUCGAUGCCGCUCUUCAACUCAAGGUCAAGGCACAUGCAACCGACAUUACUUACGCCGACGAGAUCUUCAACACCAUCAGGUUGUUGAGCCUGCACAACCAGUCCAAGUUCCUUGAGGGCGAGUUGAAGAGAUGGGAACAGCUCAAGCGGAAGAACUUUGCUACGCCUGCCGAUUUCAUCAUGGCCUACCAGAACCAAUUCAACCGUCUGAAGACAGAGGGCCACGAGCCCUCUUGCGACUUUGCGCUUGGCCGACUUCUGAACGAGCUGCACGGAGAGGUUUUGAAGGUUCCGUUCAUUCAGGAGGAAGUGAAGGAUUCGGGACGCCCCGUGGACUACCAGCUGUUUGUCUACUACUGCAAAGUCUUGGUCAACGAAUCCCGCAAGCCCAGCAUCCCGGCUGCUGAUGAUGCCACCGCGCAUGGAGAAGAGGGAGACCGAAGCCAAAGCAAUGCACGGGACAUCUCUUACCGCGGCUGGAGACAGAGCACGAAGGGACACGGCCCGGCAUGGGACUAA